CUCAUUCUGGGGUCCUUAGGAACCUAAAAUCUAUAAGCCAUGAAAAACAUAGGUGUGCAUAGUCUUAUAGUAUUUAUAAUCACUGUUGAAAUGAACCUUGUUUAUUUACUAUUGAAAGUAAACUUUUUUGCAAUACAAUUACAAGUGAAUAGUAUAUAAAUUUUUUCUUUUAGUAACAUUAUUCAUUUCGCUACGAAAGCUAUGUCUAAUGAGGAGCGUCUACGGAAACUUUUAUCAGAUUUAGGAAAAGCAACAUUGCGUGGAGUUCGUAAAUGUCCAAAAUGUGGAACAUAUAAUGGAUCUAGAGGCUUAUGUUGUAAAAAUAAAUAUUGUGAUGCAGUUUUUAAAGAACCUGGUGAAAAAAAAAAACUAUCGACUGAAGCCUGUAAACUUAUCACAGGCACAACUGCUCAAGUCUUCUCUGUUCGGGUACGUGAUAAAGGCCCAGACUAUCGUGGAUUUGUUCAGUUACCAUUAAUAAAUACAACCAUUUUUAAUGAAAUGACUACACUUAUUUCACAAUCCACUGCAUUGUGUUUUGUUGAUAGUUGUGAAAGAAGUUUUGAUACUAGUGUUCUUAAAUGUCAUGAAAAGAAUUCAUCUGACGUGCCUGUACCUUCGUGUCAACAUAUACAAGCAGCCUUAAGAUGUUAUGCAGAAGCACAGCCAUUAACAUUAAGGAAUUCUAUUUUAUCAUCUUUAAAUGUAAAUAAUGAAAUGAAACAAGAAAUUUGGUUAUUAGCUACAGAAACUUCAGGCCCUUUAGUUCAGCGUGUGUCUAAAAAUAUCAUGGCAGUGAAGUGCAAAGCCUCUCCAAAGCACCCAUUAGGCUACCUACACUUUUCUUUGUUUGUUACUAAAUUAAAAGAUAGAAUUGAACAUCGCUACUUCUGUUCUUGUUCUACUUUUAAAGGAAUAUCAAAAGUAACAGGGGAAAAAAUAGAUGUAGCACAAUCUUCCCAGAAUAAACGUUGUGUACAUUUUUAUGCAUGUAUUUGUGCAUUUGCUAGUGAUGCAAAAUUAUCAGAAGAAUUUAGUUAUUAUAUUAAUUUAGAUCAAAACGAUUUAAGUAUACCAAAACCGUUAACAACAGUAUUGCAGAAUAAUGAACAAGAUAGAAUAGUAGGCAUUGAUCUCGAUGGUUUAACUACAGAUGAUACAAAUACACAUCUUUUAAUAUUUCGUGAUGAUACGUUGACAGUGCAAAGUUUAGAUGGAAAUAGAUUAGAUUUGGAUUCCAUGAAUUUGGAUUCUACAAUUUUACCACAUAAUAUUGUGGAAAACCUUGAAGUAGAAUGUCAUCGUACAUUACUAGAAGAUAAUAAUAUAAUAUCACCGGUACAUGGCUUAGAAGUAAUUAAUCAAGGUGAUGUACAACUUAGUGGAAAUGCAAUUAGAAUAAUAGAUAAUCAAACUAGCAUAGAUUCUAAAUAUAAUAUGCUUAAUAAUAGUCAGUAUAUUUUAAAUGAUAAUAACAUAAAAAUAUUGAAUACUGGAACUCUAAGAAUACUCGACACAAAUACUAUUUUAGAUGUAAACAAUAUGAAAUUAAUUGAUACCAAUAAUGUAAAAAUGGUAGAUAAAAGUAUUUUAGUACCCUUCGAUACUAGAAAUAUAUCAGUUGUAGAAAGCAAUAGUACACAACAGCCAAUUUCAACAAAACGGAAAAGAAACGAUAUACCAGCAAGUACAAAUAUUAUAAACUUAAAUAAUUUAAAUUCAAUAGAACCAAGGAAAGCUAAAACAAAAUUACAUGUUGUUAAAAAAUAUCAAAAUCCUUGUGAAGGUUUAGAUGAAGCUAAUAUAAACUUACCUUUCAUUAAAUGGCUUGCUUCGAUAACUGAGAGAAUAAAUCAGACUAUGCAUUUUCAAUUUGAUGGAAAACCCGAUCCGCUAGUCUUUCAUGUACCGCAAAUAUUCUUUGAUUGUUUGCGGGAAAGAAUAUCUUGUGGCGGUAAAAAGAAACGUCUACCAAAUUCAACAACAGCAUUUGUUAGAAAAGAUGGUGUACCGUUAGGUACAUUUACUAAAUAUACAUGGCAAAUUACAAACAUUCUACAUGUUAAAAGUAUUUUUGAAACCCCCCUUAUACCUUUAGAAAUCACGAGAAGUUUCGUUCAAAAUGCAGAUGGCACGUAUGAAUUGUACAAACGAGAAGAAACAGAAAUGGAUCGAUACAAAAAAACUAAUAAUAAUGCAUUGAUUAAGCCUUUAGAAUUAAAAACAUACUUGAAAGUUGGAAAUACUUCACCAAACCAAGUUGAACCAACACCGUUUUUAAUAGAAUGGAUACCAGAUAUUUUACCAAUAUCAAAAAUUGGUGAGCUUAGAAUUAGAUUUGAAUUCGGUCACGUAAAAAAUGAGACAAAUCACAGAUGGAGAAAAAUAGCAUUAUUAAAGAAUUAUUAAA